AAAUGGGGAGAAGAAGGUGAUGUUGGCAUGGAUCAGACUAUUAGAGCGAACUUAGCCGCUACAUGCUUGAGUGGACCCUUGGAAUUUGGAAAUUUUGGCAAUACCCUUGCCAAUUCUGAGCUACUUGCCUUCCCUGCACAGCCCAUCACCAUUGAUUUGGGGUUGCAGAAACAACAGUCUUGAUGAAUUUUGUUUCCAUUGCAAGUUCAUAUCUGAUAGUCAAAAUACACCAGUCUUUACAAAGUUGAAAUUAGGAGUGCAAUAGUAUGCUUGACGGCCGCCGUUCUUCUUCUUUCUUUUUUUCCCCUCUCUUUUCUGUGCUACGUACAGUGCAGCUCCUGAGUUGCUAGCGGCGAAAAACUCUAGAAAGUGGCAUUGGUUUUGCUGGACAAAGCUAACAACCUCUGUGCCAACCGUCGGAUUUGCCCAGCAGCAGAAAUGUUGAGGUUGCAGGCAUUUUCAAUUCCAGACUACAAUCAUGUGACCUUUCCCUCCUCACACGUCAUUCCUACUUCACUCCAUCUCCACCGUCAGUGUGUAUCUUUUCCCACCACACUGGCGCGUUUCCGUUCACUCCCUACCGUCAGGAUAUGCAGCACUUCCCUUGCAUGCGAUUUCGGAGGUGGCAUAGGAAUGAGUGGUUUUUAUGAUGUUGAGCUUAAAGUCCGCGACUAUGAGCUUGAUCAGUAUGGCGUCGUUAACAAUGCUGUCUAUGCAAGUUAUUGCCAGCACGGUCUUCAUGAACUUCUUGAAGGGGUUGGCAUGAGUGCUGAUGCAGUUGCCCGAACCGGUGAAGCAUUCGCUUUAUCAGAAUUGUCUCUGAAAUUCAUUGCACCUCUAAAGAGUGGAGACAAGUUUGUCAUAAAGGUCGGGAUGACCCACUCCUCAGCCGCUCGCGUGUACUUUGAUCAGUUCAUUUUCAAGCUGCCAAAUCUAGAGCCUAUCUUGGAAGCAAAGGCCACAGCAGUGUGGCUUGAUAAAGGCUAUCGCCCUGUCCGUAUUUCAUCGGAGGUGACAUCCAAAUUUGUCCAGUUUCGUCGCCAUAAGGAGUCUAACGGUGUCCUGCACAACGGAGUUGGUCCCAGGGAAAGUCUUCGUUACUAAAACCUCCAGUGGGAUAAUGGUAUCUUCGAACGGAGGAAGAAUAAAAUAGAUUCCAUUCACAGAAUUAAGUAAUUAAGAUUGUUGUUAGUAUUAGAAGAUUUAAGUAUAGGAUUAUAUGUCUAUAUGAGACAGAUAAUGUGUA